CGAGUGUUCGUCUGUUGAGUCGGAUGAACUUCCUCAAGAAGCCUGACAACAUUGCGUUGGAUAGCUGGUUGUUUGGGGAUGACAUCGACAGCAAGAGACAAUCAGUGGAUCAGGUGCACUCUGCUCCGUCGUCACGGCCGCACUCUCCGUCCACAGCGACUAAUGCCGCGGGACACUCCCCCGUGUUGAUGUUCAACCCGAAACUGGUUGCCGCGGCUACAGAUGCAGCCAUCAAGAUACAAGACACGUACAAGAAGAUGAGCACGAAAGCACUGAAUUCACCGUACCCCAUGCCGAUAAGCAAGCAUUUCCGCAAGUACUUGAAGGCAAAGCAACACAAGGCAACUGCCGACGACACCGACGACGAUGAGUUUCACUUGUCGCCGUCGUCGUACACCCGACUACGCUCGUACACACCUGCAUCGCUGCCCGAGAUCGUAAAGGACCCCAAGAAGCUUCCGUAUCUGCUCACGUUUCUCAGCGAUGCGCAAACCAUGGAAGGCAAGACAAACUACCACCAAGUGCUGUUGUUCCUGCUUGAAUUGGAGCAGCAAAAGGCCGUGGGCGCGCGACCUCCGCUGCUCAAACUCUUCACCAAGUACUUUACCAGGACAUCCGAGUUUUGCAUCUCCGACACCCUCGAGCUCACGGACGAGUUGGAGCAGCUGGUGCUGACCAACAUCCAGCAGCCCGACAUCGGAUGGCUCGGUUUCCGGCCGCUUCAGAAGCUCGCGUUCAAGCGACUGGCACGAGAAGAGCUGCCGCGUUUCAUCAAGAGCGACGCGUAUCUGAAAAUGCUCAAGGAGGUCGAGCAGACGGCGGCGUUUGUACCGAUGGACCGCUUCCUCACGCAUCCCCGCGCCGCGCACUACUUUCUCCUCUUCCUCAUGCAGCAGCGCCAGCACUUUGAGCUCUACUUUUGGCUCCACGUCGAGUACGUCCUCCAGCCAUGUGCGGUGACGCAGCCGGCGCUCUUCUGGUCCCUCACGGCGGACCUCGUCGCCAAGGCGGCCGUGGAUUCCGCCGCCAUCCAGGACGCAACCAAGGACUCGUUGGCAGCCGUCGUCGCCACGUCGCGUCGUGAGGCGCCGGCCGCCAUCAGCACUGCGCUGGCGGCGCUCAAAGCCGCGCAAAAGGACAUCGUGGCCCUCUUGUCGGCGUCGUGGUACGAUCGGUUCGUCAAGAGCCGACUGUACGUGAUCGCCCUCCACGACCGCAAGUCCAAGAAGCUGCUCGACAGCGAUUCGGAGGACGAAGCGGCGGCGCCGUCGUAUUCCGAGUACGACACGGACGUGUCCAUCCCCACGUCGUCCCUUGUACACCACGAAGAAGUGAGUGACGAAGACAGCUCAGACGAGGACCUGAGUGACGACGGCAAAGACGGGUCGUCCACCUCGGAAGACAAUCAUCGGCGGUCUCCUCCCAACCACCGCCGCCGCCGUCGGUCUUCCAACCCCAAGAAACUGGACCUUGAAAGCAUCCUGCGCAGUACGAACCUCCCCCCAGGCCUGCAAGUGCACUACCGCCCCAACUACGUCGUCACGGCCCAUACAUUGUCCGACUACUUGACCCACAAGUCGACCCCCAACGGUGUAGACGCGGUCGUGCUGUUCAAAACCAGCUUGGAGCGCAGCAGCGGACUCGAAGUAUCGUACGUACGACGGGAUAAGACGGCGGUGACGACCCCCGACGCCCAGCGCAAGAUUCAGGACCUGGCCAAGCGCAUCCAGCCGUUCUUGGUGCCCCACGGGCUCCUCACGAAACCCGAGCCAUCCGCAAAGCCCACCAUGUUCCCGUUCCUGGUGCUUCAGAACGGCCACCACGACCAUCUGUACGGCGUGAGCUACUUUACAUCGAGCGACGUGCCGCUCCCGACUUCCGCGGACGACGGAACAACCCCCACAGACGAAGCAGAUACAAAGCGCUACGGCGUGCAAGGGUUGUGUCUGCUCUCCACGUACCCUCUGCUUGAGACGCUUCGAGAUCUCAUGCUUCAGCACACACGCCGCCACCCCAAACUCUCGUGCAUGCUGCCAGACGCUGCCCGAGAGCUGUACGUGGCCCCCACGUCCUCAUCGAUGGCACUUGCCGACGAAGCGAUUACUUCAACCCCCCCUGUUGAAAGUCGUCAACGACGACUCUUGACGGGUCUGUCAUUUCUAGAGUUGCCGACGCCCGCCCGCGUCGACUUUUCACUAGACCAACUGUUUCACCGGUUGAGUACGUCCGUCGUGUUGGAGGUGGUGGCGAACGCUCUCUUGGAGCACAGCGUGAUCUUUGUCAGUAAUAGCUACACAGCGCUCACCACGUGCGCCGAGUCCAUCCGGUCGCUGCUCCACCCGUUCACGUGGUGCCACAUCUACGUCCCGCUGCUGCCCAAGUCGCUUCUGUCGUACUUGCACUGCCCGACGCCAAUCAUGGUGGGCGUCCACCAGGGCACCACGUUCAGGGACGACCUGCCGAGCGCGUCGGAUGCGUCGGCAACUGUCCUCGUAGACCUGGACCGCGGGACCGUCGAGUAUUUGGGCACUCGGCGAGUCGUGUGGGGCACCAUGGGUCUGCUAGAAUCCUCCAGCAGCACGUCCCACCACCAUAUUCGCGUCGUCGAUGCCUUUCACGAGGCCAAGCGCCGGCUGGAUGCGCUGCUGCCGUGGGGCCUCCGAGGCGACGCCGUAGAGGAGGAGGAGGAGCGAGGCAUGCCGCCCGACGAUGCGGGGACGAUGGACCAGCGCCGAAGACACAUCUGCCACGACCUGGUGUCGUCGCUGUUGGACCGUCACAACGCGGCGUCGUUGGUCGUCGGCGACGCGCACGAUUCGGUCAUCAUGUUUGACGAGAAGAAAUUCACGGCGCUCCGUCCGCCGCAUGAGACGCCCUUCCUCGAGAGCCUCGUGCGAACGCAAAGCUUCUCGGAGAUCAUCAGUACACAUCGCAUCGGCACCACAGUCUGAAGUGCCGAAACGAAUCCAUCUACCUACCUCUAUACUACGUAGUAUAUCUCAGUUAGUUGCUGCCAUGUCCGACUUGUACUACUAGGUGCGUUCUAAUAGAUUUGGCGCAUGAUAAUCUGAUAGAUGCAGCCAUACUUACUGGAUGCCAGAAUGUGAAAUCAUGGCGAGUGGUGCUGUGACAAUUGAGAAUGAAGAGUAAAAAUGACAAUUUGUGCUUAUUUCG